GAAACAAAUCCUGACCUCUUUCUCUCUCAUCUUCUCUCUCUCUGUCAAACAAAAACCCUAAACAUACAAAAUUCAGUUUGAGCCUCGAAAUCUCUAUCCCGUCCUUUCUCCCUCCUCCGCCCACCGAUCCCGCCACCGAUUCUGCGAAUCUCAAUCGCCGGCGCUUCCUCCGUCGUUAACGCCCCGUCUCUCUUCCCGAAGGGAAUUAUAUGAAAAUGUCUCCAGCAUCAAAGUCUAAGUCGAAGGACAAAAAAUCUGCCAAGGAACCCCCGAAAUCUGCAUCCAAGCCUUCAGGACCGUCAAAUUCCAGUGCAUACAAUCCACUAUUGGGUACAUUCCACACUCUUGAAACUGUGCAGAAUUUGUCCGCUUUGCCUCUUCAAGCCAAUGGCCGCUUCCGCAACAUAGAUGAGACAGAUGAUCAUUUGGGGGGUUCCAUUGGUGCUGAAUAUGACUCCAUCUCCAAUAAUGGUAGCUGGUCGGGUGAGUCAGAAGAUCACAAGGAGAAAUCAUCUAAUCCCCCUGCCCGCCAUGAGAUGAUUCCACCAGGCGCUGACAAUGAUAAGCGAGAAAAAAUUCGCCAGAAGAAUGAGAAAAAACAUCAGCGCCAGAAAGAGAGACGAGCCCAGGAAUUGCACGAGCGAUGCAGUGGCUAUCUCAUGUCAAGGAAGCUCGAAGCUCUAGCUCAACAGCUUGUGGAGAUGGGAUUCUCUCAUGAACGGGCCACCAUGGCUCUUAUAUUGAAUGAAGGCAGAGUGGAAGAGUCGGUUUCAUGGCUGUUUGAAGGAGUUGAAAAUGCUGAUCAGCAAAUGGAUCAGAAACUCAGUGGGGCCAACCUAAAGAUCGAUAUAUCAGAGGAGCUUGCUCAGAUUGCAGAUAUGGAAAUAAGGUACAAGUGCUCAAAACAGGAGGUGGAGAGAGCCGUUGUCUCUACAGAAGGGGGCCUUGAGAAAGCAGCAGAAAUUUUACAAAAGCAGAAGCAGGAUGCCGCUCAUGGUCCUCCAAAGCUUCAAGAAACCGGAGAUCCACCGACCAUCGGCAACGGCGAACUUUCUAUGAGCCAUAACUUGGCAAGGCUGCAGUCUAAAGCUAUACCUACUCCAUCAAACCAACAAAGAAGGGAUGAAAGAGACUUCAAUUACACAAAGCUGGGAGCAACAGCAGCCGUUGGUGGGCCUUCGGAAUCCGGCCUAAAGACAGCGCAGCCCGUUAAGAGAAUUCUACCGAAGUUGGAGUGGGCCAAACCCCAACAAGCUACCAUGCCAGCUGAAAAGAGGUGGCCUGUGCCAGGUUCUAGCCCUUCUGUAUCAUAUUCUUUAGCGUCAUCACCUGUACAGGCAUCGCUUCCUCAAGCUAAACUGGAUACCCGUUAUGUGGCCUCUGGUGGUGAAAUGAAGAACUUCCAGCCUGGGUCGGUUCGGGAGCCUGUAAUUAUGAUGCAGAGACCACAAUCUACCAAUUCGAAGCAGGUUUCCUCGACCCAUAUUGGGUCUCCUCCUGGAACUGGGAGCAAUUGGUACCCCACCGGUAGCCUCGAAAUGAUGAAGUCAAACGGUGUGUUGCCUCAGUUUCCUACUAAUGCGAAUAGAAACCUCGCACAAAGUAGUCUAGGCGGUUCCAGUCAGGUAUACAACCAACUUCAUUACCAGCAGCAGUAUAGCUUGGGAAAUGGAUUUGGUGACUUUGCUGGAGGGAACCGUGGAAAUGGUUCGUGGAGUAGAAGCGGUGCGACUCCCACACUUGCAGCUGUGUCUUCUCUUGGGCUUUUCUCCGGGUUGGGCUCAAGUGCGUCCUCUGGCACAGGCUCUCCAGUGGACUGGACCAAUGGUGGCUCGAUGAUCCAGUUAGACUACACCAACAUAGACUGGACAUUGGACCAAGGCCUGUGUCCAUCAAGGCCCGGAAAUCUGUGGCUAGGAUUAGCAAAUUUCAUGAGGAACAAUGCAAACAAUGGGUAUGACUUUGGUGCUCCUGGGGCGGAUUCGAAGCCUAUGAUGAGGUCUGCUUUGAACGGAAACGGGGUCUCCGUUCCCUUCUCGGGUUUGCAGGAUCCUGGCGCCGAAACAUCUGCAAUGGGUUCUCGGGAGUGGACAUCUCCUUUCGAGGGAAAAGAUCUGUUUAGUUUGCCUAGACGCUUUGUUUCUUCUCCUCCUCCGCUGUAGAGUGAGUUGAGAGAUGAAUGAAUAAUAAGAAAGUAAAAGAAAAAUGACUGGAGGAAAAAAAAAGAAAAAGUGCUGCUUGAAUUUGGUGCCCCCUUUGUU